AUGAAUAACGAAAACGAGCAAGCCGCUAGCGCGGUCGCGGUAGCCAAUGCAAUAACUAUUGACCCAGAAGUCAUUGGCCAAAUGAAAAAUGAACACCAAGCUACUCAAAACCUCCCGGCAAAUCUUGAGGAAGUCCUUCAAAGUCAUGCAGUUUCCCAGCAGCACAGUGAAGCCCAAUCUGAGGCUGCCGUUGCUGCCGCUCAAGACGCGGAACAACAACAGCACCAACAUCAACAACAGCAUCACCAUCAUCAACAGCAGCAACAGCAGCAACAACAACAGCAGCAACAACAACAGCAGCAGCAGCAACUCCAUCAACAACAACCACAAGAUGAUGUUAGCAAAAGCCAGCCACGUCUCUUACCGAGAACUAAACCAGUUCAUCGUACUUUUGCCCUUGAUCCUGAUUUGAAUAUUAACAUGUCUUUGGGCGGCGUUAAUGUCAAUGUGGUUCCUGGUAUAAAUAAUGCUGCGAGACUUUCGAUAAACCAAAAUGAAAAUACACCAGAUGCACAAUUCAUUGGAAGAAUUAUCACUAGUGACUGCACAAGAUGUAAAAAGCCAUUUGCUACCCCUGACACAGGAAAAGUUUAUAAAUUAUGUCCACAUUGCCGUGACCUACAAAGAGAAAGAUCUAGAAGAUGGCAAACAAAAACUAAAAGAAAGGAUGGUGCGUGUAGACGUUGUGGCCAAGCUAUUCCAGCCGAACAUAGUGAAUUUGUCUUAUGCCCUGGGUGCAGAAUGGCUCUUAGGGCAAGAAAAGCCAAUCGGGCAGCUCAAGGCAAAUGUGUUCAUUGUUCUGGCCCUAACGAUUCUUCUAAUGGUGACUACAAGGUCUGCCAAAGAUGUCGUGAUAAUGAUAAGAUGAGAAGAACAAAAUUAGAAAAGCAGGGGGCAUGUAAUCGAUGUGCGAAGCCAUUGUUACCAGAGGAUAUCAAUAGUUAUAAAGUUUGCUCUCGCUGCAGAAAUAGAAAGAAGAGACCGGCUCACAGUGAUCAAUCCCAAGCAGAAGCUGAACAACAAAAGAUCAAUGCUCAGGCUGUGGCAGAUGCUGCAGCAACAGCUACCAUGGGUUUGAAUUUUUCGCAAUUUACACCAGAAGUGCAACAACAGUUUAUUCAAAUGCAGCAACAACAGCGACAACAACAAGCUCAACAACACCAGCAACAGUUGCAUAAUGCCCAACACCAGCACCAGCAACAACAAGAUAAUCAUAAUUAUUUGACUGAGAACCUUGUGCAACAAUUGCAAUCUGCGGCUGCCAGUAACUUUGCCAACGCUGCUCUUGGAUCGAGAAAAGAACAUGUCAAAGAGGAAGUUGGCAAGGCUGAAGAACAAAACAACUUGUUUUUGAAUCCUGAAGCUGAAGAUAUGAAGCCAAAGAAGGAAUGA